CAUCAUUUACUCAUCAUGUCCCCCCUUUAGUAGUUAUUCAUGGCAUGUUUGUGGCUUUGUGUGGACAAGCUGUGGCCACUUCCUGCUCCUCCAUUGCUGCCUGUGCUGAAUCCCUCUUUGUAUCCUUCCCGUUGCAGACAACGGGCAAAAUGCGUCCUCCUCCCAAACGUACAGGAAAUGAACUCCAUUCCGUGUGAGUCCGCGGUGACCAUGCGUGACCCGGUGGCGGACCCUCAGGUCAACGUCACCUCCAACUGCUCUUUGGCCGCCUCCAACCUGACAGCCGCGGAGGACGUCCCGCAGCUCCCCACCUUCACCACGGCGGCCAAAAUAAGAGUCAUCAUCACGUUCAUCCUGUGCGGCGUGUCGGCCUUCUGCAACCUGGCCGUGCUGUGGGCGGCGCACAGGGACGGGAAGCGGAAAUCCCACGUCAGGGUGCUGAUCGUCAACCUGACUGUGGCCGAUCUGCUGGUGACCUUCGUGGUGAUGCCAGUGGAUGCGGCGUGGAACAUCACCGUCCAGUGGCUCGCUGGGGACUUUGCGUGCAGGCUGCUGAUGUUUCUGAAGCUGCUGGCCAUGUACUCCUGCGCUUUCGUCACCGUGGUGAUCAGCCUGGACAGGCAGGCCGCCAUCCUCAACCCUCUGGCGAUCAACAAGGCCCGGAUGAGGAACAGGAUCAUGCUGGCGGCGGCGUGGGGUAUGAGUGUGGUGCUUUCGAUCCCUCAGAUCUUCCUGUUUCACAACGUGACCAUCGUCCAUCCUGAGAGGUUCACCCAGUGCACCACGUGGGGGAGCUUUGCCACGCGUUGGCACGAGACGGCCUACAACAUGUUCACCUUUUCCUGCCUGUUCCUGCUGCCGCUGGUCAUCAUGAUCACCUGCUAUGCCAGGAUCUUCCAUGAGAUCUCCAAACGACUGAAAAAGGACAACCUCUCGUGUCUCCCCAGUGCCCACCAGCGGAGUACGUCUGAGGUGCUCCAAAAACAACAUCCCCAAGGCGCGGAUGAGAACGUUAAAAAUGAGCGUUGUGAUCGUCUCGUCUUUCAUCGUCUGCUGGACUCCGUACUACCUGCUGGGACUCUGGUACUGGUUCUUUCCCGACCACCUGGAGGACAAGGUGUCCCACUCGCUGACCCACAUCCUGUUCAUCUUCGGGCUGGUAAACGCCUGCCUGGACCCGCUAAUCUACGGCCUGUUCACCAUCCACUUCAGGAAGGGGCUCCGGAGGUACUACCCCAACGCCGCCUCCGCCGGCGACGCGGAAAACACCACCGUCUUGACCGGAUCGUUCACGUCUCCGGCCCUCUCGCUGUCCCUCAGGAGAGAGUUGAGGCGCCUCAGUCAGGAAAAGCUGGUGCUUUGCAGCGACAGCCACAGGAAAGCAGAGCCUCCCUCGCUAAGCAGCAGCAGCUUUCUGGCAGAGGACAGAGAUGUCCAUCAGUCCAGUCCUGAGAGCAUCUUGUGAGAAACAUGAUGAAAAGCUGGGCGAUAAAUCGAUUUGAUCAAUUCGUCAAAUUUUUUUUUUUUUGAAGACUGGAUUUUAUUAUUUUUUUCCCACCACUCGUUGGGUUUUUAUAGUUCAAAGUGAUGUUGGCGCCAUCUUGUUUUGGGAGCUGCUGUUUAUUUGGACUUUGAAUUCAGGUCAACUCUACGACAAAAUAUAAAGCUAAAAUGCAUUUUUUUUUUACGAGAAUAAAGUGUUAAAUUUACCGGAAUGCAGUCGUAGCUAUAAGAAAAUAAAGUUGAAAUCAUACAAGAGUAAAGUCUUAAUAUUAUCAGAACAAAGUUGCAAUAUUAGGAUAACGAAGCCGUCAGUUUACGAGUACUCCACCACAGAAAUCAACCAAAAAAAUGUAUCAAGGUUAUUUCUUACCAAGUGACUUUUUUCACUUAAUUUUAAGAUGCUUUUCUGCUAAAAUUGCGUCUUUAUUCUGGCAAUAUUAUUCUGCUAUCUUCUCUUAAUUAGCCAAGCAAUCUCGUAGCCUGGCCCUAGCACUCCGUCAUUCAACUCACAGAAAGGAUGAUGGAAAUAAGCUACUUUUUGAAAAUACUUCCUGUCAUUUGUGAUUUGUUUUUGUAGAAAAGAGAGCACAGAAGACAAAUCUAACAAAAUCAAAAAUUGAAUCUUGCAUGAAUAAAAAUAAAUCAGUUUUUAUUUUUAAGCCGCAUCGUCCAGGCCUGAUACUAAACACAAAGCAAAGCUUCAGGAUGCAAUCUUCUUCUACUGUUUUUUUUUCUUAAAAGAGACGUUUUAUGAAAGCGAGCAGCUUUUUGUAAAUUCUAAUCUGUCAGUAGCUACAAAUGAAACUCAUUCACUGUGUCUGAUUCAGACUAGCUGCCGGCUCCUGUACUGCUACUGAGUUGAAGCAAGGGCUGAGAACAGAGAAACAAAAGUAGGUGUCUUUGAAGAAACAAAAAUAUCACAUUUCAUAUCCUAUCAGUGACUCAUUUGUCGACGUUCGCCUGAUGUUUGCGGCUCUGACGUGUACGCUGCAACGCCGACGCGGUUUUCUGCAUGUUUCCCCAUGCUUGUUCAAGAGCUUUGUUCCUGUCAUCCACAGAUUGCGCUCUGCGUAGAAAAACAGGAGAAAGCAGUUACAGCGUAAAGAUGUCAUACUGUUUGUUCUGAUUCAUUCUGGGAAUAAAAUCUGUAAACAUUUGUA